AUGUAUAAAGAAAAAAUAAACGUAUACAUCAAUAUGGAACGUGAAGGUGCUCCUGAACCAGGUUUUUUCAAUGCUAUUCGUCGUGAAGAAGGAAAAAUUGAAGGUGAAUUUCGAGAUAUAGAAAGAAGUCAUGAACAACGUGAAGCUGAUAAAUAUGAAAAUCGUGCUGAUAAAUAUGAGCGAAAAGAAGAAGAAGAUUUCAAUCAAGGACGUUUUCCAUAA